UCUAUCCUCAUCACCUCUUAUCCACUCCCGCUCAUCGAAAAACCCCUUUUCUCCCCCUUCCCCCCUCCACUCAUCAUCAUUACCAUCGAGCUCGAAGGAGUCGCAAUGGCGGCAGCUUCAGCAGCGGCGAUUACCUCCUCCUCUUCCUUUCUCCACUCUCAUUCAAACAACAGCAACAUCUCAUCCUCUCCCUUCCUUAUCGGAUCCUCCUCCAAAUUCGCCCUCCCAUUAACAAAACCCUCGACCCGAACCCCUCCCAAGAUCCGCACCCGAGUCAACUCCGAGAAGCAGGCGGCGCCGCUCAUCCCAAGAGAGCAGCGAUGGAUGUUCGAGGAGUCCGAGAUCAACGGCCCCGAUAUUUGGAACAACACCUGGUAUCCGAAGGCUGCAGACCAUAUUGCAACGCAAAAGACAUGGUACAUUGUUGAUGCGACCGAUAAGAUUCUUGGGAGAUUGGCGUCCACCAUUGCGAUACAUAUUAGAGGGAAGAAUUUGGUUACAUAUACUCCGAGUGUCGAUAUGGGGGCUUAUGUUAUUGUGAUCAAUGCAGAAAAAGUUGCAGUUUCUGGUAAAAAGAGGACACAGAAGCUCUACAGAAGGCAUUCUGGGAGACCUGGAGGUAUGAAGGUGGAAACAUUUGAUCAUCUUCAACAGAGAAUUCCUGAAAGAAUUAUCGAACAUGCUGUUCGUGGCAUGCUUCCUAAGGGAAGGCUGGGAAGAAGUCUAUUCACCCACCUGAAAGUGUACAAAGGGCCUGAGCACCCACAUGAGGCUCAGCAACCUAUUCCCCUUCCUAUCAGAGACAAGAGAAUACAGAUUGAGAAGUAAAAUCUGGCGAAAAACUCAGUACUUCGUUUUGUGAGAGCCUUGCUUGGCUAAGCUUAAUCCACACUUAUGGAGAUCACAUUUGUUGUACCUUGCCUCCUUGUAUUGUUUAAAUUCUCUUUGUAGAGUUUGAGUUCGAACGAAUCGUCUUUUGAUGUUCAUGUGCUGAAUCACCUUCAAGACAAAUUGUAUUGCUACUCACACACGCAUCAAUAUAUGUUUUGCGCUGAUGUCAAUUGAUAUGGAUAAUGAUAUCUAAUUGGAUUCGUGAUAUUUCGAUA